AUGGCUAAUUCCAAUGUUGUUUUUAAGAUUGAAGACACCGCUUUAAGUCAACUAAGAGAACAAAUAUACCAGUCAUAUGGUGAGGAGGGUGAAGAAUCGGUAACUGAGGCGUGGGACUCAAUGCAACAAUUGUUCAAAUGUUGUGGAGUAAGUGGUGGAGUGAAUUCUUCUGACUCCUGGGCUUUAUACAAAAAAUCAUCGACAUGGUUUACAAAACUUUCUGAGAGUGUAAAGUCGCCGUUAAAGAUAGAGUAUGUUCCGACAAGUUGUUGUAAAGAUACGGAGAAUACACCAAAUGUUACGCAAUGUCAAGGUCUGAUUAACAAAGCUAUAAUACCACAAUUUGGACCUCCAAUAACUAGUGAAGAUAAUCUAAAUGAUCAAUUAUAUACAGAGGGAUGUUACACGUCUUUACGUAACAUGUUAACAAGCAACUUAGUAGUACUUGUGGGUGUUGGUGCUGGUAUAGCUGUUGCCAUGGUCCUAGGAAUGGUAUUUUCAAUUUGUUUGUGCAAACGAAUAAAAAAUGACGAUGACGACUACUACGACUGCGACGACUAAGAUGAACAAUGCACGGGUUUCUCGUGAAAGAAGUCACAGUUCAUAUGUAUAUAAUCAUAACUUAUUCGGUCACUUAUAAAUAUACAUCAUUUAAUACAUAUAACAUACUUGUGUUAUGCAAUAUGCGUGUACGUACUCGUUUGA